GGGCCGGAAGUGCCGCUCCCGGAGUGGGGGCUGUUCAUGGCGGUUUCGGGGUCUCCGACAGUUUCGCAGGUUGAGGUCCUAGAACCUCCCGAAGCGGAGUCAGCGGAGUUUGAGGUUCUUGCUGGUGUGAAAUGACUGAGUACAAACUGGUGGUGGUUGGAGCAGGUGGUGUUGGGAAAAGUGCUUUGACAAUCCAGUUAAUCCAGAACCAUUUUGUGGAUGAAUAUGAUCCCACCAUAGAGGAUUCUUACCGAAAACAAGUGGUAAUCGAUGGUGAGACUUGUCUGUUGGACAUACUGGACACAGCUGGACAAGAGGAGUACAGUGCCAUGAGAGACCAGUACAUGAGGACAGGCGAAGGAUUCCUCUGCGUAUUUGCCAUCAAUAAUAGCAAAUCAUUUGCAGAUAUUAACCUCUACAGGGAGCAGAUUAAGCGAGUGAAAGACUCUGAUGAUGUGCCUAUGGUGCUGGUAGGGAACAAAUGUGACUUGCCCACAAGGACAGUUGAUACAAAGCAAGCCCAUGAGCUGGCCAAGAGUUACGGAAUUCCAUUCAUUGAAACCUCAGCUAAGACCCGACAGGGUGUGGAAGAUGCCUUUUACACACUGGUAAGGGAGAUACGCCAGUACCGAAUGAAAAAGCUCCACAGCAAUGAUGAUGGCACCCAAGGUUGUAUGGGGCUGCCCUGUGUGGUGAUGUAGUAAGACUCUUUGAAUGUUCUGUCACCAGAAAAGAGCCACUUCAAGCUGCACUGAUGCUCUGGUUCUGACAUCCCUGGAGGAGAUGUGUCCCUGCUGCUCUCUGCAUCUCAUCGGAGCCCCUGCUUCCUGCUUCCCUGACUCAGUGGAUGAGCACAGCCAUCUAACCUGAGACCUCAGAACAACUACCUCCUCACUGGGCUGUCUGACCAGAGAAAUGCACCUGUUGCUCCCCAGUAGUUUCCUGACCUGGGCUCUCCUCCUUAGAAACAAACACACCUCUGCCAGCCGGCUCUGUCCUGAAAGCAUGUUACACUCUGAUAAAGAGAACCAAACAUGCAGUUCUAUUGACAACAGUUUCUUAAGCUCUAAGGUAGCAACUGCUGGUGAUUUUUUUCCCCCCUCCCCUGACUGUUGAACUUGGCCUUGUUAGUUUGGGGGGAAAUAUCAAAUUACUGUUUUCCCGUGAAUAUAACUAAUGUUGCUGAUAGGUUGAUUUGUACUGUGAUCAGCUAUAUUCUAUAAACUGGCAUCUGUUCAUAAAUGGAAACAUGAAUACUGA